UUUCUUCUGAAACAUGUCGUCGUCGUUGAGAAGUGCCACAUUGUUAUGUCUGUUUCUGCUGUUGGGUUGCAUAGGCAUUGCUACUGCCACUGCAACCGAACCCAAAACAGAAUCGUUUGGUACUUCUUCAAUUGGAUUGUGGCCCCGAUGGGGUGGCGUACUCACCCAAAAAUACCAUCACCACCAACUCCAUCUCCAUGUCCGAUUGAUAAUGCUGCUUCACCAAUGCAUAUGGCUCCAUCCCCAGUUGAUGAUGUGGUCACCACCACACACAGCUCCAACUACUUCUUGCAUCAAGGUGGAUGGUUGUGCAUUAGAUUUGAUCACUUCCGUUUUCAAGCGUAGAAUUUCAUUAUCCACUCAAUGUUGUCAAGGACUUUCAACAAUUUCAGAUGAUUGCUUUUACAGAGAGUACACGCACUUAAAUACGGUACCAUUUUUCCUUGGAAAAGUGAGAAACUAUUGCAGUCAUGCGGUUGAUAAUGCGGCUCCAUCUCCAUCUCCCGUUGAUAAUGCGGCUUCACCAACUCAUGCGGCUCCAUCUCCAUCUCCAGUUGAUGAUGCGGCUUCACCAACUCAUGCGGCUCCAUCUCCAUCUCCAGUUGAUAAUGUGGCUUCACCAACUCAUGUGGUUCCAUCCCCAUCCCCGGUUGAUGAUGUUGUUUCUCCAUCGCACAUGGCUCCCUCUUGGGGUCCGGCCCCGGCUUCAACCACUUCUUGCAUCAAGGUGGACGGUUGUGCAUUCAAUUUGAUCACUUCCAUUUUCAAGCGUAGAAUUUCAUUAUCCACACAAUGCUGCCAAGUACUUUCAACAAUUUCAGAUGAUUGCUUUUACAAAGAGUACACGCACUCAAAGAGGGUACCAUUUUUCCUUGGAAAAGUGAGAAACUUGUGUAGUCAUGCGGUUGAUAAUGCGGCUCCAUCUCCAUCUCCAAUUGAUAAUGCGGCUUCACCAACUCAUGCGUCUCCAUCUCCAUCUCCCGUUGAUAAUGUGGCUUCACCAACUCAUGUGGCUUCACCUACUCAUGCGGCUCCAUCUCCAUCUCUAGUUGAUAAUGCGGCUUCACCAACUCAUGCGGUUCCAUCCCCAUCCCCAUCCCCGGUUGAUGAUGUCGUUUCUCCAUCACACAUGGCUCCCUCUUGGGGGCCAGCCCCGGCUCCAACCACUUCUUGCAUCAAGGUGGACGGUUGUGCAUUCAAUUUGAUCACUUCCGUUUUCAAGCGGGAACCAUCCACAAGGUUUCCUCUAACAUUCUCGGUGUACAAGGCGGAAUCAAGUUAUAUAAAUCCUCAGUAUACAUACAACUACAAUUCUGAUACUAAAUGCAGCAGACAAGAUGGAGCAAGAGAACAGAUCAUGACAAGGCUUCAUCAUUUCGAUCCAUGCACUCAGCAGCAAGUACGGAAUCAGUUUCCACUUCCUGAAAUUCAAUAG